GUCACCUUGUCGGUGGAUGAUUCCUGCGGGACGAAAUUGCAAAUUACGGAUCAAUCGGAAAUGGACUCAAAUGGGUCGAUGCUCGGUCGCUGACUCAAUCCAUAAAAAGAAUGGGAGUGUCCCAGGACGACCAGAAUGGGAGUGUCCCAGGACGACCAGAAUGGGAGUGUCCCAGGACGACCAGAAUGGGAGUGUCCCAGGACGACCAGAAUGGGAGUGUCCCAGGACGACCAGAAUGGGAGUGUCCCAGGACGACCAGAAUGGGAGUGUCCCAGGACGACCAGAAUGGGAGUGUCCCAGGACGACCAGAAUGGGAGUGUCCCAGGACGACCAGAAUGGGAGUGUCCCAGGACGACCAGAAUGGGAGUGUCCCAGGACGACCAGAAUGGGAGUGUCCCAGGACGACCAGAAUGGGAGUGUCCCAGGACGACCAGAAUGGGAGUGUCCCAGGACGACCAGAAUGGGAGUGUCCCAGGACGACCAGAAUGGGAGUGUCCCAGGACGACCAGAAUGGGAGUGUCCCAGGACGACCAGAAUGGGAGUGUCCCAGGACGACCAGAAUGGGAGUGUCCCAGGACGACCAGAAUGGGAGUGUCCCAGGACGACCAGAAUGGGAGUGUCCCAGGACGACCAGAAUGGGAGUGUCCCAGGACGACCAGAAUGGGAGUGUCCCAGGACGACCAGAAUGGGAGUGUCCCAGGACGACCAGAAUGGGAGUGUCCCAGGACGACCAGAAUGGGAGUGUCCCAGGACGACCAGAAUGGGAGUGUCCCAGGACGACCAGAAUGGGAGUGUCCCAGGACGACCAGAAUGGGAGUGUCCCAGGACGACCAGAAUGGGAGUGUCCCAGGACGACCAGAAUGGGAGUGUCCCAGGACGACCAGAAUGGGAGUGUCCCAGGACGACCAGAAUGGGAGUGUCCCAGGACGACCAGAAUGGGAGUGUCCCAGGACGACCAGAAUGGGAGUGUCCCAGGACGACCAGAAUGGGAGUGUCCCAGGACGACCAGAAUGGGAGUGUCCCAGGACGACCAGAAUGGGAGUGUCCCAGGACGACCAGAAUGGGAGUGUUUACUCGAUCCUUGGCUAACGAGCAUGUUUAGGAUUAUUACAUCUUUCUGCCAGUACUUGAGCAGGGACCACUGGCACCAUUCCAAAAGCUGUUAGGUCGCCGGGCUGGGCAAUUACCAUACUUUUCAAAGAUUACGAAAGAGCAUGAAAGGGUACCAUAUCAUUCUGCAUGAGCAAAGGCAUCCGACGAUGGGAACAUAAACGUUGUACUGUAAACCCCAGUUUACGCAUAUCUUAAAGCAGCCAUUGCUUAGUCACGUACGGCCUAAAAGAGAUCGCACAGCCUUGUAGG